GACUAACUUGUAGUCUGUCAUAGGUUAGCUAACGUGGGCUAGCCUGUUAUGGAAGAAGAGGGAGCACAGCUAAGGGGCUGUCUGAUAAAACGGGACUGGCUGGGACUAGUUCUGGGACGUGAUUUGGAAAGAUAACGCUGCAUACCGGAAGCCUGGGUAACGUCUUCCUGACUGAAAACAAAAACAGCAUAGAGAGUGCUAAAAUUACGGGGCAGCUCAUAGACUGUGUAACCACAAUUACAAGUACAACAUGGAUCCGGCAGCUACGGAGCGUCGGACAAUUACCCGCCGCCGUCGAGUUUAGGUCUCCGCAGUUGAACGUCCAACUGCGGCGGCACCUCCGGGUGCGCUAAAGCCACGGGGAUCUUUGUUCGCGUUUUUAUGGGACUCAGCCGGGCUUCCCCGCCGCUUUGUCGUUCUUUUACCCCCAGUGACAGCACUCCCCUCGGUUGGUAUCGACUGGCCGCCAAGAGCCCCGCAUCUUAUGGACUCCUAACAGUAGUUUCUUGAAUUUUCUGUCGGUCGGUCCCUCUCUGACGGACGCGGUAGUCAUGUUUGCCGUGCGCAUCGUCACCGCCGACUACUAUCUGGCUAGACCCAUUAAAGACCUGGAUGUCUGUUAUUCUGAAUUCAGGGAGAGCGACGUGAAGAAAGUGCCAGUGGUGCGAAUAUUUGGAGCAACACCCGCAGGUCAGAAAACAUGUCUUCACCUCCAUGGUGUGUUCCCUUACAUCUAUGUACCAUAUGAUGGCUAUGGGCAGCAGCCAGAGCGCUACUUGCGGCAGGUGGCCUUCAGCAUCGACAGGGCCCUCAACGUUGCCAUGGGAAACCCCGCCUCCAGCACCCAACACGUCUUCAAAGUGGUGCUGGUCUCUGGCAUGCCAUUAUAUGGCUUCCACGCCAAGGAGAAGCACUUUAUGAAGAUCUAUCUGUUCAACCCUCAGAUGGUCAAAAGGGUAUGUGAGCUGUUGCAGAGUGGAGCAGUGAUGAGCAAGAAUUACCAGCCGCAUGAGGGUCACAUCCCCUACCUGCUGCAGCUCUUUAUGGACUACAACCUGUACGGCAUGAACCUGAUAAACCUGGGAGCCGUCAAGUUCCGCAGGAGCCAGAACACAGUCCAGGACAGGCAAACUCCCAGCAGUCAUUCCAGCAUCAGCCCAUGGAAGAGCCCCAGGAGCUCCAAGCUCAACAACAGUACCCCGGGGGGCACAUUUGUCCGCUGGGAGGAGAAUACCCUACCCUGCUCCUUAGUCCUGGAUGAGGUGGAGAGGCAGAGCACCUGUGAACUAGAGGUUGAUGCUGUGGCUGUAGACAUCCUCAACCGCCUGGAAAUUGAAAAUCAGAUUGGCAGGAACCCUGGCCUGCAGGCCAUCUGGGAGGAUGAGAAGCAGAGGAGGAGAGAGAAGAACCAGGCCACCCAGAUAGAAACCCCCGAGUCACAAGAUCGUGGGUUUGUCACGUCAACGGAGAGUGAGAAAAUCUUCAUGAAGAGAUUCAAGGAGAUUCUGAAGGAGAACGACUUUGACGUGACACAAGCUUCGUCUGUGGGUGAUGGGGAGGAGGACCAGGAUGAUUUUCCUGACCUCACUCUCCACUGUGACCCCCUGACCCCAGAGGGACUACUUUCUACGCCUGCUAAUGCUGUGGAGGUGCACAGGAACUCACAACCAGACUCUGUGAGGAGCACUGAUAAAAUCCCAGAGGAGGCCAUGGUUGAUGAGGAGGCCAUGUUGAGUCUCCUGGAGAACAGUCAGACAUUCCUCCAGCUCUCCCAAACAUCCAGUCACUCACCUCUGUUAGAUAGCAGCCAAGACCAUGCCAUCAUGGAUUUGCUGGCAGGCCUGGAGGACGAUGGUUUCUGCAGGACCCCCAUUAGGCAGAAUUCCCAGUCCCUGUCUCUUCCUGGUGCUAGGAGCUACCACUGCAACAGUGAUGAGGAGGAGGCAGGACCAGAGCUGGACAAAGAAGAGGCAGAGCUCAGUGUGAUAAUGUCACAACGAUGGGACACCGAGCCUCCUGAAAGUUCAUCCUUAGCAAGGCCUGGUGUGAAGGAGGCAGAGGACGACCUUAGUGAAGAGCAGCAGGAGUCCUCUGAUGAAGACAUGGAGUGGAGUGGGAAUAGCUCUCUGUUCGCCAACCUGUCCAUCCCCCAGCUCGACGGGGCAGCAGAUGAGAACAGCGAUUCAUCCCUAACAGACAGUAGCUCCAGGACCCAAUCUUCUCUCAUAGUCACAGAGAAGAUACUUGGGAAAAGAAAUCCCUUCCCUGGGGAGACAGUCCACCUGGAGCCACCUUCUUCAGCUAAGAUCCUUCUGGAGUGCAAGCACCCUGAGCGCAGACCAGUUCAUGUGCUGGACACGGAACAACCACUUGACAAGCACUUUCAAUCAAAAAGCAGCCAGGACAGCAGUAGUGAAUGUUCAACAGGGUUCAAGGUUAAUAAAGAAAUCCCCUACAUCCCGCCAGUCAAGCACCCUAUCCCCUGCAAAAUAGCCAAUAACUCCGAGGUGUCUCCCAUCUGUGUGGACAAAAAGGAUAUCCGACCCCUGUACAGCUAUGACAAGAAAACCUCUAUAGCCUUGAAUGAGACAGAUUUAGAAAGUUUCCCAUUUGGUAAUGGAAAGGUCACCAAAAGCAGGAAGAAGUACGGCAGCAUAAAGAAUGUAGAAACAAACUGUCUGUCCAUUCUUCAGAACCACAGGACUUUCUCUCUCUGUUACUCAGAGCUGAGAAACUGCUCUGCAAAGACAGAGCUGGAGCUGAGCCAGAAAGACAAUAAAAGCCCCAUCCUGAGGAACAUCUCCUCAGCGCCAUCACCCAUGGAAGAGGAUGAGUUCCUUGUUCCUAAGGAGGAAGAAAUGGGCCAGGACAGUGAGGAGGGAGAUGUUGGUGAGCUCAAAAUCAGGUACGAGGACUAUCAGGAAAAUAAGACUGAGAGGACUAUCGUGGCCCAGCAGGAAGCACACUACAAGUUCUUUCCCAGUGUCAUCCUCUCCAACUGCCUCAGUAGGAAGAAAGCUGGGAACAAAAAGCUCACUGAUUGCUGCAGCAAAUUAGUAGAGGCCCAGCCUCGUAGGUCUAGGCUAAAAGUGAAUAAGAAAAGGUUAGGCAUGGUAGGACAGAGGAACAAAUUAAAUAUAGUUGAAAACUCUCCCUCUGACAGCCACAUUAGCACUAGCCUUGCCUCAAUCACAUCUGCUUGUCCACACACUGUGGACACAGAGAUGUCAGUUUCAGAUGAAAAGUCAAAAGAGGCUGAGCCAGUUAAAGAUGGGUACGUCACAGAGGGAAAGACAAUCACAAAAGAGGAACCAGGGGUGGAGGAGAGGUCAGAACCAGAACCACUCUCAGAGCCCCCUGCCACCAACUCUACCACUGCUUCCUGUUUUUCUGAAGAAACUAAAGACACAGCAGAGGAUAGGUUAAGCCCACUGUCAGAUUUAUCUGCUCAAGUCACAUGUACCAAACCCUCAGCCCUACCUGGUAGUAAAUACACCCUGAGGGCCAAAAGGAAGAUGAUCUAUGACAGUGAGGAUGGAGAACACUCAGGUUCCACUCGUUUUAAAAACCCAGCCUCUGUCAAAGACAGCAAGCUCAAGGAGAACAAUGUCCACAGUCCACAGGAAGUAAAAUACCAGAAACGGCGCAAGAAAGAACCCCCUAUCAUCAUCAAGUACAUUAUUAUCAACAGGUUUAAAGGACAGAAAAACAUGCUGGUGAAGCUGUCCAAAGUGAAUGCAGAGGAGCAGUUGGUGUUGCUCACACAAGAUAAGUUAGAGCAGUAUAAUAAACUGGCACCUCUCAAGGAUUACUGGCCCAAGGUGCCAGAAUCUACUGCAGUCAAGUUUCCCAUCACUGAGCCGAAGGCAAAGAAACACCCCAAACGAAAGGCAAAGGUAAACUCCACUAAUAAGAAAACAGUCAGCUCCUCCAAACCUCGAAUCACACAGGCUGGAAGGGUCAAAAGAAAGAAAGCCUGUCAAAGAGGCCCAGCUUUAUCCUCUCUACCACCCCCUCGGCCAUGUUACUGUGAGCUAGCUGAUGACCAUGACAUUGAGUAUACUGAUGUUAUGGUAGAAUUGGGUUACCUCUCUGAUAGAUCCCCAAGCCCUACAGGCUCAACACCCCCACGUUGUUGGUCCCCAAGUGACCCUCUUAUGGACAGCUCUGAACAGCUGCUAAACCCACUCAAUGACCCGUGUCUUGGUUCUUAUUUUCACAAGCCACACACUCUGUCUUCAACCAAAGGACCACAAAAUAAGGGUCAAACUGCUAGACCUAAGAAAUCUGCAGACAGUAAAAGGAAAGUAAGCAGGACAGCUCCUAAGCCUCCAGUGGAUGCAGAGCCCAAAAAAGAGAAGUUAAGACAAAGCAGUGGUGCUGCUCCAAGGCAGAGGAAGAAAGCUAAAGAUGUAGCUGAAGGUACUGUUAACAGCUCUACAACCACAAAACCUAAAAGGUCUCGCAAAAAGAAGACUGAGGAACCCAAAAGCCAUGAGUUAAGUAAAGACAGCACUCAGCUCCUUUUCCCUGAGGAUGAACUACCUCCAUCUGAAAGUUCCUCUCAAGAGGUCCCUCCAUUUCAGCAGCCAGUGAGCACAGAUAGCAACAACCAGGUCAGUCCCCAGACUGCAUCUUCACAAGACUCUAACUCAGUAGCCCAGUCUAUAGAACCAAAGGUUGAGGACUGUGAGACCUCAAUCAUGGAGGUCAAUCAAAGCUUCUCACAACCACCUCAGCUGAAGCAGCAAAGUUGCCAGACUACUGUGGUAAAGGCAGAGGCUUCACAGGAGGAGUGCAGUGCUCCACCACCUCCUCUGGUUGGUCGACUCAUACUGGAACACAAUAAAGACAACCCAACCAGCUGCAGCCUCCUACACUCCGGCCCUAAGAAUGGGGAGAUCCCUACUCUUUGUGAGACUCCCUCUGGUUUGGCUGUUCUCAAGCAGCUUCUCCAAAAGAGGCAGCAGGGACAGACCCUUCCCCUACAAACGGUUGGUACAGACAGCCGCUCCACUGCCAUAGCUCAGGCCGAAGCACUACUAGAUCCUACAACUAAACCAGCUAAAUCCAGGAAAGCUCCUUCUGCCGCUCAGCGUAAACCCAGGGCCCCAAAAUCUGCCCCCAAGGAUAAAAAGCCCAGAAUAAGGAAAGGCAAGACAAGCAGCACUCAGCCAAAUUUGACAGUGAAGCAGGAGGGCAACAUAUCAGAUGACUGCCCUCUCUUUCUGUCUGACCAAGGCCUGGGCACUUGCAACUUCAUAGAGGACAGCUUGUCGCCAGAGCUCCCACACAACUAUUCCUUUGAUAUAAAUGCACUUGAUCAGACUGAGUUCUCCAGCCCAUACAGUGGUAACCAGUUUGUCCUGACUGAUAAAAAUUUACCAGUGAAGUUCCUGAGUGAUGUAAGCCAGGAAUCUGUGUCUGCUCAGACAUUGGGCUUUGAGAAGAAACUGGAUAGGCUGUUUGGUUGUGGAGAGGAGCUUCAAAGGGGCUCUGAAUGUCACAAAGCAAGGCCUGUUAGCCCUGACCUCCUCGACAGACCUGAGAAUGGGGAGUCUUUUUCAAAUCACCUCACAUUCCUUGAUUCUGAAAGAAUCAAGAGCAGAGAGUGGGACUUCUCUUUAUGUAAAGCCCAUACCCUCAGCCCCUUUCAAGACUUUCACUGUGAGAGAAAAGAGCUGCUUUUUUCCGUCUUUGAUCCUGACCUUCCACUGCCUUUAAGCUCAGCAUCAUUAGUUGACAAUGAGGGCUCCCCAACAGGGGAGCUUCUGGAGAGCAUUGAUGGACUAACAUCCACCACACCUGGUAGCUCUCCCCGCUCUAUUGGCUCACUAUCCUAUGUGAGGGCAAGCCAGCUGCUGCGGGGGGCAGGGAGUGGAGCCCACAUUCUCAAGCCCCUCAUGUCCCCUCCAAACCGGGAGGAGAUCCUCAACACUCUGCUGGACCUGGAGAUGUCAGAGGCUACCUUCCAGGAGCCUUUCUGCAGUGACCCCUCUGAUGCCCCAGUGAAACCAAUGGAGGUUGGUGGCCGUAAGCUAACUGUGGGUACCAGAUUGGCUGAGGAGCUAGCAGAGUUCAGUGGAGACCUGUCUUUGGAGGGACUACACUUCUGGAAGACAGCCUUCUCAGCCAUGACCCACCCCACCACUACUAUUACCUCAUCUUCCCAAGUCCAGGGAGCUAAGGACCCAGAAGCAAGUAAAGAGCAAAUCAAGCCCAACCCAUACUCUGCCAGUGACAAGAAGGUCAUCCUUCUGCCCUGCAAAAACCCACCAAGCAGAGAGCGUGUGCAUCUGUGGCUGGAAGCCAGGAAACAAUAUGAGUGUUUACAGAAGUGGAGGAGAGACACAGGGCCACUGAAGGACAGAGGGCCUGAGUUGGAUGUUGAGGAAGAGAACCCAGAGAGAACCAGGCAGCAAUCUCCUUCCCGCUGCCCAGCAGUGAAGGUUGAGCUGUGUGGGAACCUUUCCAGUAUCAGGACUCAAAGGAGAAAGAAACGAAACCUGUCCUUAAUCAUAUCUCCUAUGAAGAACACUGGAUCUCAAAGUAAAUCCUCAGAGGUGAGUCCAGUUUCAGAUGAAGGUCCUGUGAAUCUUGAGCAGGGGGAACAAGAAAAAGAUGAUGACGAUGAUAAUAAAACCACAUCUCCAGAGUCCCCAGAGCUGCCUCCAUGGCAGCAGUCCUGUCAACCCAGCCCCUCAGGCCUAGACCAGCUCAAUGAAAACAGGCAAAGUGAAAACUCUCCAGAACCACUGUCACCUACGCUCUCUAACUCCCCCGAGAGACCAGGAGAGAAUCAUAGUCCCUCACCCCUCUAUAUCAGUAAAAGGGAAGAGGGCAGGACGAGUCCCCAUCUCCUUCACAGCACCCCCUUCUUAAGAGGUCGGGGAAGCAAAGAAGAUCUUGAGCCAGUGUGCAGCACACCCAUAUCUGAGGAGAAUCCUAUUUCUCAGAGACUCCAACAGAGGAGGAGAAGCCAAGCAGACCCACUGAGAAGAGUGUUACUGAGCACACAAUUAAAGAACCAGUUUGCUGCUUUGAAUGUGCCAAAGAAAGAUGUUUCUCAGAUUGAAGGGCCUACUAUAGCCAACUCUUAUGGCUUCAAAGUCAGCAUGCAGAACUUGCAAGAUGCCAAAGCUCUGCAUGAGGUCCAGUACCUAACACUAAUGGGCAUGGAGCUCCAUGCAAGAACCCGUCGUGACCUCGAACCUGACCCCGAGUUUGACCCCAUAUGUGCCUUAUUCUACUGCUUCAGUUCUGAUGCUCCCCUGCCAGACGUAGACAGCACCGAGCUGACUGGUGCUAUUGUGGUGGACAAAGAUUAUCAAAGUUGUGAUGGUGAAGGUAACAAAGGAACAGCACCCCUGCUGGUCAGGUCAGGCAUCUCUGGGCUGCAGGUGAAAUACGCCACUGAUGAGAAGAUGCUGUUUCAGGAGUUGAUCACUAUCAUGAGGAGAUUUGACCCAGACAUCCUGUUGGGAUACGAGGUGCAGAUGCAUUCCUGGGGCUACCUUCUCCAGCGUGCUGCAGUGCUUGGAGUGGACCUGUGUCAGCAGCUAUCACGAGUACCAGGUGACUCCAAAGAGAACCGCUUCGCUGCAGACAGGGAUGAGUAUGGAGCCGACACCAUGACAGAGAUCAACGUCAUUGGACGCAUCACCCUCAACCUGUGGAGGGUGAUGAAGACUGAGGUGACGUUAAACAACUACACUUUUGAGAAUGUGGCUUUCCAUGUGCUCCACCAGCGCUUCCCCCUGUACAGCCCCCGCAUGCUGUCUGACUGGUUUGACCACAACACUGACUUAUACAGGUGGAAGAUGGUUGACCACUACAUAAGCCGAGUGCGUGGCACCAUGCAGCUUUUGCAGCAGCAUGACAUCAUUGGCAGAACCAGCGAGUUGGCCAGACUUUUUGGGAUUCAAUUCUUCCAUGUUCUGACCCGAGGAUCACAGUACCGCGUUGAGUCUAUGAUGCUUCGUGUGGCCAAGCCUCUGAACUACAUCCCUGUGACACCCAGCAUCCAGCAGCGAGCCCAACAGAGGGCGCCGCAGUGCAUCCCACUGGUGAUGGAGCCCGAGUCGCGCUUCUACAGUAACUCAGUGGUUGUCCUGGACUUCCAGUCACUCUAUCCCUCCAUCGUCAUUGCGUACAACUACUGCUUCUCCACCUGUCUGGGCCACAUCGACAGCCUGGGAACGCCUGAUGAGUUCAAGUUUGGCUGCACCUCCUUACGGGUUCCUCCUGAGCUCCUCUACCAGCUCCGCAAUGACAUCACCGUGUCACCCAACGGCAUCGCUUUCGUCAAGUCCUCAGUGCGUAAAGGGGUCCUGCCCAGCAUGCUGGAAGAAAUCCUCAAGACCAGGAUCAUGGUGAAGCAGUCAAUGAAAACCUACAAGCAGGACAAAGCCCUCAUGAGGCUACUUCACGCCCGACAGCUCGGACUCAAACUCAUCGCUAAUGUGACCUUCGGCUACACUGCGGCUAACUACUCUGGACGCAUGCCCAGUGUGGAGGUUGGAGACAGCAUUGUUCACAAAGCCAGAGAGACCCUGGAGAGAGCCAUCAAGCUGGUCAAUGACACCAAGAAAUGGGGAGCACGUGUUGUGUAUGGAGACACGGACAGCAUGUUUGUUUUGCUGAAGGGAGCCACCAAAGAGCAGGCCUUUAAGAUCGGCAACGAGAUCGCUGAGGCAGUGACUGCAACCAACCCCAAACCUGUUAAACUCAAGUUUGAGAAGGUGUACCUGCCCUGCGUGCUGCAGACAAAGAAGCGCUACGUGGGAUACAUGUACGAAAGCCUCGACCAAAAGGAACCCACGUUUGACGCUAAAGGGAUCGAGACGGUGCGCCGCGACGGCUGCCCCGCUGUUUCCAAGAUUCUGGAGCGUUCCAUCAAGCUGCUGUUUGAGACGCGGGACAUCAGCCAAGUGAAACAGUUUGUGCAGCGUCAGUGUGUGAAGGUUCUAGACAGUCGGGCCAGCAUGCAGGACCUGACUUUCGCUAAGGAGUACAGAGGCAGUGGCUCGUACCGGCCCGGAGCCUGCGUCCCCGCGCUGGAACUCACCAGGCGUAUGAUGGCGUACGACCGCCGCCUGGAACCACGCGUGGGUGAACGGGUGCCCUACGUGAUUGUGUACGGGAUGCCCGGAGUCCCCCUCAUUCAGCUGGUGCGCCGGCCCAUGGAAGUUCUGCAGGAUCCGAGCCUCCGACUCAACGCCACCUACUACAUCACCAAGCAGAUCCUGCCGCCGCUGGCCCGUAUGUUCCAGCUGAUUGGAGUGGACGUGUUCAGCUGGUACCAGGAGCUCCCCAGGAUCCAGAAAGCUUCCUGCUCCUCUGCGUUGGGUGGAGAGGAAAUGGGGAGGAAGGGAACCAUUUCUCAGUACUUCACCACACUUCACUGCCCCGUGUGUGACGAGCUGACCCAGCUGGGCGUAUGCUCACAGUGUCGUACCGAACCCCAGCGAGUCGCUGUGACGCUCUACCAGGACAUGAGACAGUGGGAGAGCCGGCAAGAUCAGCUGCUGAAGAUCUGUAGAAACUGCAGUGGCUGUGCGGAGCGGCAGGUUCCCUGUGUGUCCCUGGACUGUCCUGUCCUUUACAAGCUCGCCCAGGUCAACAGACAGCUUUCCAAGGCCCCCUACCUCCGACAACUUCUGGAGCAGUUCUGAUUGGCUCCUGAACCCCAGCGCUCCCUGCUGAUUUGGUGCUAAUUGUUGCCCCCCCCCCCCAUCACUCCACCUGUGUUUGACUGUCCACUCAGUUGUAAUACUUUAAAUGGUGCUUCAAUUGAACCCCACUGGGUUUUCAUUCUGUCUUGUAAGUUAUUUGUUAUAAAAGUAUUUGUGUGUGUGUGUGUGUGUGUGUGUGUGUGUGUGUGUGUGUGUGUGUGCGCGCGCCUGCGUGCAGAGGAGCCUCCUGUGGAGAGGAUCCCUUUCUCCUUGGGUCUGUGUUUGUCUUCAUGCUUGUUUGCUGCCAUCUUCGUUAGCUGCUAUGGGCCGAGUGAAGCUGGUGUCUUCGGUGACGCAGCUGCAGACUGCCUCUCGUGGAAUAAAGCGCAGACCAAUCAAGGAUGACUUGUAUCUUGUACGCGCUGUAGCAGUUUGAAGUCAUUGGUUUUUAAAGAGCUCCUUACAAAACUCAAGACAACUUACAUUCAAAACCCAAAUCAACUUAACUUCAUUUUAUAUGACGAUUGCAGUUUUGUAAAUACUUCCUGUACAGCUCAAUCUAUAAUCUCACUGCGCAUUAGCAUCAGACAAACUAAAGCUACGGCCAUGAAUGCAGUCAGAUCUGUUUUUAUGCAUUCUGUUACAGGAUGCCAUUUUUCAUUCAAUUAACCUUGAUUGUACUGAUGUCCAUUUAGGCAGAUUUGACACUUCAUACUCUGUCUAUAGAGUGUGGAAACUGGAAACAAUUUCAGUCUUUUAAAAAUCUGGGACUGUUGCAAUACUGUAUUUUGAUAAUUUAAGUCAUGAAGAGUCUAUUAUUUCCUUGUGCAUAUAUGGUUUUGUGUACAUUUCCGAUUUUGUGUGCAAAAAAAAAAAAACAAAAAAAACAACCCAUCAUCAAACUACGUCACACUCUGAUCUUCAGUUCCCCUGACAGCUGUACACAGGAUCUGUGUAUUUGUAUAAAUGUAAAAAAUGAUGAUAAUGAAGGAGGUGUUUUUUGUUUGUUUUUAAUGGACAUUGCUAUGGGUGGAGGUUUCAGACUGAUAUAAUAAAAAGUCAAUGUAUUUAAA